AAUAACAAUAAUAAUAAUAAUUAUAAAAAUAAUAAUAAUAACAACAAUAUUACGAGUAACAAUAAUAAUAAUAAUAAUAAUAAUAAUAAUAAUAACAAUAAUAAUAAUAAUCAUAAUAAUAAUAAUAAUAAUAAUAAUAAUAAUAAUAAUAAUAAUAAUAAUAAUAAUAAUAAUAAUAAUAAUAAUAAUAAUAAUAAUAAUAAUAAUAAUAAUAAUAAUAAUAAUAAUAAUAAUAAUAAUAAUAAUAAUAAUAAUAAUAAUAAUAAUAUUAGCAAAAACAAUAAUAAUAGUAACAACAACAAAAACAAUAACAAAAAUAAUAUU